ACCUGAUAGCUACAUUUCAUAAGCACCAAAAACUUAUAUAUUGACCUCAUGAUCUGUAUUGUGAAGCUAUCAGAUAAAGUAGCAGUACUAGUUUCCAUUUCAUGGAAGAAUUCAAUGUAGGCCACCAGAACCCUAAAUCUGUUCUCUCACCAAUGAAUUCAAACAUGGAACUAUUCACCAACUUUGCUUCAAUGGAGGGUUUCAACUCAACUGUUCACGGCAUCAUGCCUUUAUGCAGUGAGGGAUUCUCUGAUCAUCAUCAUCAUCAUCACAAUCAGCUGCCUAUGGCUUUCAGUGAUGAAAUUCCAAGAUCUAUCGGGCCCCACAUUCCGAUUUUUGAUCCUGUAGCUCAUUUCUUCUCAUCUGCCGGACAUGGAUGCAGCACCAUGAACAUGAUGCAAGAGCCCGAAUUCCAUGUGAAUUCAUCUCCUUCAGUUUCCGGGACUGGUGUUCCUGGCAAGGGUAGUAAAAAGCAUCAAGGGCAGAAUUAUGGUGGGAAGAAGAGAAAAAGAGUGGGUGAAAGAGAGACAGAGAAGCUUAGAGAUGUUGUUCAUGUCAGAGCAAAGAGAGGGCAAGCUACUGAUAGCCACAGUUUGGCUGAGAGGCUACGAAGGGAGAAAAUAAAUGAAAAGCUGAGGUGCUUGCAAGAUCUAGUUCCAGGGUGUUAUAAGACAAUGGGAAUGGCUGUAAUGUUGGAUGUGAUUAUCAACUACGUACGGUCUUUGCAAAACCAAAUCGAUUUUCUGUCCAUGAAACUGUCUGCAGCAAGUUUAUUCUAUGAUUUCAAUUCGUCGGAGGCAGAAGCCAUGGAGACAAUACAGGGAAGCAGUGGGUAUGAAGCUGCACAAGGGAUGGAGAAACUUGUGGAAGAAGGUUAUGGAGGAUUGUCCCAUUUCCAAACAUCUUGGCCUCUUUGAUCUUCAUUAAUGUUUUAAUUCUAAUUAACUAUAAUUGAUGUUUUUCUAUAGACA